AUGGGCAAAACAUUCCGUUCCGUCACUCUCGCCUCGACAGGCGACUUCGGCGACAAGACUGACAAGAUCAAGAACUGGGUCGAGCAUGCAGGCGGGACGUUCUCCAAGGACAUCAACCCGAACGUCACCCAUCUCGUGGCGAGCAAGAAGGCUUGGAAGAGGUAUCAUCCUAUGGUCCAAGCCGCCCGCCGUCUCAAAACCAUCCACAUCAUCAAGAUCGACUGGCUGGAAGACACCCUGACCAUGAGCAAGUCGCGCAAACCGCUCGACGAGGCAAAGUAUGCGUACGAGCAGCGUGAUAUCAAGACGAAGAAAGCUUCGAGGAAGCGGAAACGCAAUGGGCGCGACAAAAGCCACUCGAACCACGACCAACAAGGAGUGGAUGAUGCCGACGACGAGGACACCCAAAAAGGAGAAGGAGGAGGAACUCAAGCAAACACGGUAGCGGACAAGCAUGGCGAAGUUGAUGUCCACAGUAUGCCCAGACGGGAUACAGAGACGCCGAACAAGAAGGAGCAAGAACAGAAGCACGUCGCUACCGCGGUCAAGAAAAAGCAGCAGCAACAGCAGCGACUGGGAUGGGCGGAGCAAGAAUUGCAUUGCAGCAAGGACGAACAAAUUGAGAUUUCUGGGAAAGAGUACGACGCCGAAUGCGCAGAAUUUGAGAGGGAGCUUGGCCAACACGGCUACCGCCCUUUCACCGAUGCCAACGGUUUCACGUUCCUCGUCACGUUGGUAAGGGAGGACAUUCUCCAGAACCGUCUCGAAAAGCAUAGACUCAAGGUGCGUUACGCAUCUUGUUUCUCUUCAUUGUCGUCUUCAACAUCCUAUCCCAUCACGAACCAGGAGCCGGACCACCGACGAACAGUCUCCGACGAGUCGAUACACGAUAUGGUUCUGGCUUCGCAGUCCUCAGAACAAAGAUAUUCCUGUUCCUUUCGAUUUCCUCGUGCUUAUGCACCGACCUGGUCUAUGUCUACUUCAAGACCAUCUCUCCCUCAUUGUCCAGUUACAUUGUAUCGUUUCCCCAAACCGUACCCUUACUCCAGAUACCCUGUCAUAGCGAGCUCUCUCCCGCGUUCCCUCUCUCUGUCGAAUCCUGCUUUGCGGGUUCAUAUUCCGAAUCCAUGGGCUCAGAGUUUGCAGCUUUUCGAAUACGAUCCUACCACCAAUGCCAGUGCCGCGAAUGCGAACGAGCCAGAGCCGAAGGCCAAGUCGUACGCAUGUUACAGCAUCUACAUCCGUCCGGGACACCGCUAUGUGACGCAACUAGCGCCUCCGGGAAGCACAUUCGACUUUGCCUUCACCAUGUUCACCAAGUUCUUCCACAAGAGAGUCGGGGUGAGCUGGGAUGAUCGCGAGAAGGUCAAUAAGAUGGAUGAGUCGGCUCAAGAUGAAUGGAAUCUACGCGGCGAUGGCGCCGGGGAUGAUCGGCUGUUCAAGUUCUUUGGACCAAAGAUCGUCAAACAGCCAGGCAAUGAUAUGGGUCCGGAGGUUGACUCGGUCGAGGGGAAACAGCAGAAGCCGACUGUAACGAUACUGUUGAACCCGAGGAAGGAUCCGGCAACCAAUGAAGUGGAUUUGAUUGCGAAGACGCCAGAAGGAGGAUGGUGA